AUGCCUCACAGCACAGAAACCCUCAAGCUUACUAGCAACAACUUGCCUUUGAUUUCUUCGCAGCAGGGAGAACAAAGGGUGAAAGCCCCUACCUACGACCGUAAUGGCGUAAAGGAGGGAAUCGUCCACGUCGGCGUUGGCGGCUUCCACAGAGCUCAUUUGGCCGUCUACAUCGACCAUUUGAUUCAGAAGCACGGCCAGCGCGACUGGGCAAUCUGCGGUGUCGGUCUCCGACCCAACGAUGCCGCCAUGCGCGAUGUCCUGAGCGCUCAGGACCAUCUGUACACCGUCAUCGAGCGCUCGGCCAAGGGCAGCUUCGCCAACAUCGUCGGCAGCAUCAACUCAUUCCUCUUCGCGCCCGAUGACCGCGAGGCUGUCAUUGCCAAGAUGGCUCACCCGGACACUCACAUCGUGUCCCUGACCAUCACGGAGAGCGGCUACUACUACAAUGAAAACACCCACGAGCUGCAGGCUGAGCACCCCGAUAUCCAGCACGACUUGGCCAACGAGAACGACCCCGUCAGCACCUUUGGCUUCCUGUACGCUGCGCUCGCCAGACGCCACGCGCAGGGACUCAAGCCCUUCACCGUUUUGUCUUGCGACAACAUGCAGAAGAACGGCUCCAUCACCCGCCACAUGCUGACGUCGUUCGCGCGUCUCCGCAACCCGGAUGUCGCCAAGUGGAUCUCGGAAGAGGGCGCUUUUCCCAAUGCAAUGGUCGACCGCAUCACCCCCAGCACCUCUCAAAACGACAUCAAGUCGCUGGCGGACAACUUCGGCAUCGAGGACGCAUGGCCCGUCGUCACCGAGCCCUUCAUGCAGUGGGUCGUCGAGGACCAGUUCAGCGACGGCCGCCCGCCCUUCGAGAAGGUCGGCGUUCAGGUCGUCAAGGGCGUGCACGAGGUAGAGCAGUUUGAGAAGCACAAGCUCCGUCUGCUGAACGCCAGCCACUCCGCCAUGGCUUACGCGGGACAGCUUGCCGGCUUCAAGUACGUCCACGAGGUCAUGGAGCACCCCGUCUACCGCAAGUUCAUUUGGCAGAUGAUGCAGGAGGAGGUCAAGCCCCUUCUCCCCGAGAUCCCCGGCGUCGACAUUGACGAGUACUGCAACACGCUCAUGGAGCGCUUCUCCAACCCUACCAUCAUGGACGGAAUUCCCCGUGUUGCGCUGGGCGCCUCGGGCAAGAUUCCCCAGUUCAUCAUGCCUUCCAUUGCCGAGCAGAUCUGGGUGACUGGUCCUUUCCGCCGUCUGUGCUUCGUUGCCGGUGCUUGGUUCCGCUACAUCAACGGCGUCGACGACGAGGGCAACUCGUUCGAAGUUGAUGACCCGAUGCGGGAGGAGUUGCAGGCUUUGGCGAAGGAAGGCGGCAAUGACCCCCGCCCUCUUCUCAGCCUCAAGGUUCUGUUCGGCGACGAUCUUCGUGGCGACCAGCGCUUCAUCGACGAAGUCUCCAAGGCUAUGGAGCUUAUUUCCAAGGACGGCGUUAUGGCAACUCUUCCCAAGUACGUCAACUAA